AUGUCGUUCCCUUCGACCAUGAUCGGCGGCGCGCCCAAAGGUCACUCCAUCCACGAGCCCGAAACGGUCGCCAUCAUUGACCCAUCCGCGUCGAUCGACCCACAAACCGGUGCCAUCAUUGAGAAGAAGUCCAAGACUGAGCGGCUGUUCGUCGCUCGCUUGGACGCUAUCCUGCUGGUGUACUGCUGUAUCUCUCAAGUGCUCAAGUACCUUGACCAGCAGAACAUCAAUAACGCCUAUGUGUCGGGUAUGAAAGAAGAUCUCAACCUUAUGGGCAACGAAUACAACUUCUUCACCACCUAUUUCAAUAUCGGAUAUGCUAUCUUCCUCAUCCCUUCUCAGAUCAUUAUCACCCGCGUCCGCCCAAGUUACUGGCUGCCUGCUCUCGAGGUCUGCUGGGGCACUCUCACCCUCUUCCUCUUCCUGGUACAGGAUGCGCGGCAAAUCUACGCCAUUCGAGCCUUCAUGGGCGCCUUUGAGGCCUCGGCGUACCCCGGUGCUCUCAUGCUGUUGAUGAGUUGGUAUACCCCGCGAGAGAUCGCCUUCCGAAUCGGAUUCUACCACUCCUGCCAGUCGAUCGGCUCCAUGAUGUCGGGCGCUCUGCAGGCGGCGAUUCAGAAGACCUUGAACGGCUCGCACGGCUUGUCAGGUUGGCGUUGGAUGUUUAUCAUCGACGGGAUCAUUACCAUAGUCUGGGGAUUCGUCGGCCUGGUCCUCAUCCCCGACUUCCCCUCCAACCCCAACCCUUGGGCGUUCUGGCUCAAUGAAUCUCACCUCGACCUCGCGCGCCAGCGGACCAUGCGAUUCCGCCGUGCCGACAACAAGAAGUUCACUCUGGGGUCUAUCAUCCGAACCUUCAAGCAGCCCCAGAUCUACUUCUUUGCGUCUCUCUACCCCGCCUCGGUCCUCGCUCAGGCUGGGUAUCAGUACUUCACUCUCUUCCUCAAAUCCAUCGUGGACGACCAGGGCAAGCAGGUCUGGUCCACUGAAGCAAUCAAUGUCAUUCCCAUCGGCGGGUCAGCCAUUACCGUCGUCACAGUCUGGGUCUAUUCCUACUUGUCCGACUACUUCCAGUCCCGUUGGCUCAUUGUCGUCCUCCAAGCGGUCUGGGGUCUGGUGCCCUGUAUCAUCUUGAGCGUUUGGAACGUACCUCUCGGCGCCAAGUAUUUCAGCUACUUCGCCACCUACCUCUCCCUCGCUACCGCGCCGUCCAUCUUUGCCUGGAUGUCCGAUCUCUGUCCGCACGAUGCUGAGUCUCGGGCUUUCAUUAUCGGUUUCUCCAUCGCUUUGUAUUAUGCCUUUGGUGCCUGGUCCAACGUCCUCAUCUGGCCUGCCUCCGAGGUACCCCACUACCGCGUCGCAUGGCAGACAUCCAUCGCGCUCUGGUUGCUGGUCAUCAUUGAAAUCGCCGCUCUGCGGUACGUCGAAAUGAAGUACAUCCGGCCUCGCAACUUGCGGAUCACGCAGCAGAUGGAGGCCGACCGUCAAUUCGAUGGGGCAGACAACGCCAGGCUGGAGGAUGAGGGGCUUGACAAGAAGGACGAGGCGAUGGACCACGUCAGGGACGUCAGGACGGCUUGA